AUGGGUGGUUCAAGUAAUAGUAAUGUACCAUUAGAGGAAGAUUUGGUGUAUGAUGUUGAACUUCUUCCUCAUGAUCCGGGAAAAAGAAUAAACAUUAUGGAUUACCCCGCAAAUGAACGAAAUGCUGUUAGGAGGGGUUAUAUUCUUAAAAAAACCUUGCCAACCAAAAGACUAAUUGAUUUGCAUCUUCAAGAACUUGAUGAACGACUUAAUGAGAGGAAUAUGGAGUUACUAUUAUGUAUGGCUUGUUUAAGUCCUAAAGAUAACUUCUCAUCCUUUGAUAAAGAUAAGGUACUUAAACUUGCCUCUUUUUAUCCCGAAGAAUUUUCAAGCUUUGAUUUGAUGGCUCUUGAAUAUCAACUUGAUGUAUUCAUGGAGAAUAUGCUAAAUGAUGAAAGAUUUCAAGGUUUAAAUGACCUUAAUUCUCUUUCUAUGAUGCUUGUUAAAACCAAUAAGCAUAAGACUUUUCCUCUUAUUCAUUUGCUUAUCAAGUUGAUGUUGAUUCUUCCCGUUGCCACGGCAAGUGUUGAAAGAGUGUUUUCUGCAAUGACAUGUGUCAAAAACAAGUUGCGAAAUAGCAUGGGUGAUCAACUUAUGAAUGAUUGUUUGGUCACUUUUAUUGAGAAGGAUGUCUUCUUACGAGUUUCCGACGAAAAGAUUAUUGAUCGAUUUCAAAGUAUGAAGACUCGAAGAAUGAACUUGUAA